AUGAUGGAUGACAUGAAGGAUACCGACCUCUUCGCUCUUAGAAGUCUAUCGGGUAAGACUGCUAUUGUGACAGGGGGAGCAAAUGGCAUAGGGGCGGAGACUGUACGGUUGCUCAACUCACGAGGAGCGAAUACCGUUAUUGCCGACCUGGAACGUACUCGUCCCGACGCUGAAACAUUGAUUCACUCAUUACAACACCCCACAGCUGCGUUAUUUGUGGGCGUCAACAUCCUUGUAUGGAGCGAAAUGAAGCUCCUUUUUGCUCACUGGAUUCAAAAGUUCGGCAAAGUCGACAUUGUUGUGGCCAAUGCCGGCAUAAUGGAGAGUCAGAAGCUUUUUGAUAUUGGUAACGUUGACGAGCAUGGGGAAUUGCGCGAGUCGACUGAAGGAUUUCGCGUAAUUGAUGUCAAUCUCAAAGGAACUGUUGACACUUUGCGACUUGCACUCUACUACAUGCAGCACAACCGAGUUACAUCUGCCAGUGGCCGGAGAGGAUCCGUGGUUCUGGUGACAUCGACAUCUGGAUAUUUCGGAUCAACUGGGGUGGGAGCGUACAUUGCAUCAAAACAUGGGAUCACCGGCCUUCUUCGAGCGGCGCAACAAGUUGGUCGAGAGCUAGGGAUCGGAAUCAAUGGCGUUGCUCCAUUUUUCACACCAACCCCUACAUUUAAAGCAGUGGCCGAGAAGUGGAAACACUCGGGUCUCAAACCGAAUAUACUGGAGGGUGUCGCAACGGCUAUUUCUCUUGCCUGUACGCGGGAUGAGACUGGAAAAUGCUACAUGGUUGCAGGACAAGUGUCCGUAGAAGUAGAAGACAGCAGAAAAUUGAUUCUUCCUCAGUGGCUUGGGAAGGAAACAGCCGAGGUGUUACAGUCUGCCAGCAAACUCUUCGAAAAUGGCAGCUAUCCGUUGCCUGGGGGUGACGACUGA